CUUUCUUUUGCUCUCUACAUUUUAUAUACCAAAACCAAAGCCCAAAUAACCAACGCCACUGCGCAUUUUCUUUCUCGCUUUUUCUCUCAAAUCUGGUUGAAAAAUCUCAGGGUUUUGUGCAACAGACAUUGAAUCUCGGCGUCAACAGCUUGGUCAUCCGAGGUUCUCCAGAGAUCCGAUUUUACUUAUUUGUUACCUAAUCGCAACCUUCGGAGAUUUUGGAGGAUCUUCCGUCAUUUUUUUCCCAAGAGAUUUCUUCUGACGCAUGUAAUUUCAGUUUCGGAGUUGGGUUUCAGGAAUUUCUGGGUGUUUUUCCUUCUGGGUUGAGAAAUGGUGGUGAAGAUGAUGCGUUGGCGGCCAUGGCCGCCGCUGAUUCCGAGGAAGUAUGAGGUGAAGCUGGUGGUGAGGAGAAUGGAGGGAUGGGGGUGCGCGGCGGAGGAGGGCGCCGAGGGGCGGAGAGUGGUGGUGGAGAUCAGGUGGAAGGGGCCCAAGAUCUCGCUGAGUUCGCUGAGACGGACGGUGAAGAGGAACUUCACGAAGGAGGAGGACGUGGGCCAAGACGGCGUCGUUCUUUGGGAUGAGGAGUUUCAGAGCGUCUGUAAUCUCUCAGCUUACAAGGAUAAUGUUUUCCAUCCUUGGGAGAUCGCUUUUACAGUCCUAAACGGAUCGCAUCAAGGGCCGAAAAACAAGGUCCCUGUUGUUGGAACAGCAUCUUUGAAUAUUGCAGAAUUUGCUUCUGCAGCUGAAGAGAAAGAGUUUGAAUUGAAUAUCCCUCUUACACUCCCAGGAGGUGCUGCUGAGCCUCAUCCACUACUUUGUAUAUCUCUCAGCUUAUUGGAAUUGAGAACUGCACAAGAGCCGACUGACUCAGUUCAGAGAGCAAUAGUGCCUGUGCCAUCAUCCCCCCGUCCUGGAGAAACUGCCUCCACAGAGAAAGAUGAGCUUUCUGCAAUUAAAGCAGGCCUUAGAAAAGUAAAGAUUUUUACCGAGUAUGUCUCAACCAGAAGAGCAAAAAAGGCAUGCCGUGAGGAAGAGGGCAGUGAGGGAAGGUGCUCUGCCAGGAGUGAGGAUGGUGAUUAUACCUACCCGUUUGACUCAGAUUCCCUUGAUGAUUUUGAGGAAGGAGAGACAGAUGAAGGUAAGGAGGAUUCCAGUGUUAGGAAGUCAUUCAGUUAUGGAACGUUGGCCUAUGCUAACUGUGCUGGAGGAUCAUUUUACUCAAAUACGAGGAUCAAUGGUGGAGAUGAGGACUGGGUUUACUAUAGCAACCGCAAAUCGGAUGUUGGAUGCUCACAGAUUGAUGAUUCAAAUGCAGCAGUAUCUGAACUGCAAAGUUCAAAGCGUAGCAUCCUAUCAUGGAGGAAGAGGAAGCUGAGCUUCAGAUCUCCUAAAGCCAGAGGGGAGCCCCUGUUAAAGAAAGCCUACGGAGAAGAUGGUGGGGAUGACAUUGAUUUUGAUCGUCGGCAGCUCAGCUCUGAUGAAUCUCUUCCAUUUGGGUGGCAUAAAACAGAUGAAGACUCAUCUGCUAAUCGAUCAUCAGUUUCUGAAUUUGGGGAUGACAAUUUUGCCAUUGGCAAUUGGGAACAAAAAGAAGUUGUAAGCCGUGAUGGACACAUGAAGGUUCAGACACAAGUUUUCUUUGCUUCUAUUGAUCAAAGGAGUGAGCGGGCAGCAGGUGAGAGUGCAUGUACAGCUCUUGUUGCUGUAAUUGCUAAUUGGUUCCAAACCAACCGGGAUAUCAUGCCCAUUAAGUCUCAGUUUGACAGUUUGAUUAGAGAAGGCUCAUUAGAAUGGAGGAAUCUCUGUGACAAUGAAACCUAUAGGGAAGGGUUUCCUGACAAGCACUUUGACCUUGAUACUGUCCUUGAAGCCAAAAUCCGACCUCUCUCUGUGGUUCCUGGGAAGUCCUUUAUCGGUUUUUUCCAUCCAGAUGGAAUGGAUGAGGGGAGAUUUGACUUUUUGCAAGGUGCCAUGUCCUUUGAUAGUAUUUGGGAUGAGAUUAGUCAUGCUGGGUCAGAAUCUCCUAGCAACAGUGGCCCUCAGGUUUAUAUUGUGAGUUGGAAUGACCAUUUUUUUGUCCUCAUAGUUGAACCGGAAGCUUACUACAUCAUUGACACAUUGGGGGAGAGGCUCUACGAGGGAUGCGACCAAGCCUAUAUCUUGAAGUUUGACAGGGAUACGAAACUCUACAAGCUGUCAAGUGUCACACAACCAUCGGAUGAAAAACCUGGUGGGGAUCAGCAGAUGGUGACAGCAGCAAUUGAACCCAAGAACCGGCCUGCCCAGCAAGUGAAUCCUCAGGAGAGUUCUGUGGCAGGGCCUGUAGUAACCAAACCUGAAGAAUCAACUGCUGAUGAAGAGGAAGCUGAAGUUGUAUGCCAAGGGAAGGAAUCUUGCAAAGAGUACAUCAAGAACUUCUUGGCUGCAAUCCCAAUAAGGGAGUUGCAGGCAGAUAUAAAGAAAGGCCUAAUGGCGUCAAUGCCUCUUCAUCUUCAUCGUCGCCUACAGAUUGAGUUCCAUUACACCCAGCUUCUGCAACCAGCACAACCGGAAACUGAAGACAACCAGCUUCUACAACCUGCACAACUGGUAACUGAAGUGACCCCAGAUACUUCACAAAUAGUUGAAGUUGCAAUAGCAGAGACUUGACAGUAAAUUGUAGGAUGUGUGAUUAUUCUAACGUGUCUUUUUAUUUUCCUUAUUAAGUGUCUUUGAUGAUGUCAAUGGGUUUGGAAAGAAGAUCCCAUUUGAGCUUUUUGAGUGGUUUGUGAGAGAUGGGGGGAGGGGUUGUGUUGUUCUGUGUUGGGCAGGAAAUGAAACCGUCUUUUUAUUAUUCCAUCAUUCCAUGGUUGGAGCUUGUAUUUGUGUCUUUUUCGCCGUAUGCCUGUCUUUGUAUGGCACCCCCUACUAUGUAAUCCCUCUUUCCUAAACUGAAUUACAAUUCUUCUAACUUUCCUAUUUGUUCA